GUCAGGAAGAAAGUGUGUGAACAUCGUAGACUCGAAGUGUCUUCACCAUCAGAGCUGGAGAGUGCUCUGUGAACACGCAUUUACACCAAGUGACGAGUAACGAUUCGCACCACGUUGAAUAAAGGAUAGCAAGCCUGUGAUUGGAUGAGAUGACUGUGUUGUCAUCGCUCAUCAGCACUGUUCUUCUGCUCCACGUUGAGUUACAAGGCGUGUGUGGGCAGCAGGCAUUCAGGACGGAGCCGAGGAACGUGACCGUGAGGGCUGGAGCCACAGCUCUGCUGAAGUGUGAAGUGCUAAGGGCCUCAGGGACCGUGCAGUGGGUGAAGGAUGGCCUGCUUUUGGGGCCACUCAGGUCUCUGCCCGGCCACCCACGCUACACCAUGACUGGUGAUGAGAACAGAGGGCAAUACCAUCUCCAGAUUGAAGACGUGCGCCUGGAAGAUGACUCCUCCUACGAAUGCCAGGUGGGCCGUUCCGAAACCAGUCAUCCCAUCGUCUCACGCACUGUGUGGAUCAAUGUGCAAAUUCCUCCAUCAAAUCCCUACAUUGUGCUGGACUCAGAGGAGCCGUGGGUGGAGGGGCAAGCGUACACGGUGACCUGCAUCGCCCCUGAUGCCAAACCGGCUGCUGAUGUCAUUCUCUUUAAAGAUGGAGAGGAGCUGACAGAUACAACGACUUUCACGAUGUCAGGCUCUGAAGAUAAACUCCUGAACACUCACACUGAAGUUAAUGUCAGGCCUCAGCGUUCGGACGAUGGCCGACCCCUGCUCUGUCGAGUGAGAAACCCAGCUCUCAGCAAGGCCUUGGAAACCAAAAUAUUGAUGAAAGUGUACUUCCCACCCCAGGCUCCGGUGAUAGAGGGAUUGAGGACUGAAGAGGUGAAAGCCGGUACCUAUCUCCGGCUGGUCUGUCUGUCAUAUGGAGGAAACCCUUUGGCUACUCUGCACUGGACUAAGAACGAUGAGGUGUUGUCUACUAUCUGGGAAAUGGACACUGUCUCCCGUAAGGCCAGCAGUACGCUGGUGAUGGGCGUGAAGCCAGAAGACAAUAAAGCUGUGCUACGCUGUGAGAGUGUUAAUCAAGUGUCCCGAUCUCCCAUGGCCAUCACUCGCACCCUCUCCGUCCUCUUCGAGCCCUCUAAUGUGGAACUAAGUGGCUCCUCUGAAGCUAUAGAGGGAACAGAGGUGAAUGUGUGCUGCUCCACGUCCUCCAGUAAUCCACCGGUUCAUAUCCGCUGGUGGCUCGGCUCCAAGGAGCUCAACACCACUGUCAUCACUAUCACUGAGGGAGAGAAUGGUGGGAUGAUGACAAUGUCUAACCUGACUCACACCGUGUCCAGGGAGGAAAAUGGACUGUUGCUCACCUGUGAAGCUUUUAAUAAAGGCACACGAUUCUCCAGAAUCCAAACCAAAACCCUCAGUGUGUACUAUCCUCCUCAGAAGGUUUGGUUAGAUGCCCCAUCGGAAGGAACUUUCCUGCGUUCAGGGAUGACCAUUCGGCUGGUGUGUUUUUCCAGUGGAGGAAACCCCACUGGCAGCUUGAAAUGGUUUAAGGAUGGUAAAGCUGUGCAGAUGCCAACGAAACACAUCCAGUCGGAGCGUGGUGUGUCACGAGAGUUCCUUCUCACUCUCCAACCCAGUGAUAAUUUAGCCACGUAUCGCUGUGACGCCACCAACGAGGCCAAGAAAACACGAUCAGCUAAGACUAAACUUCGGGUCCAAUUUCCUGCAGUAAGUUUGAAGAUCACGGUGGAACAGAAGGAGUUGCGUGCUGGACAGACUAUCAAGAUGGACUGUCUGGCUGGAAGCAGUAACCCGAAAGUUAACAUCAGCUGGAGUCAGGGCACCACCAGCCUUUUAGGGGAGGAGAGCGCUGCUAAGAAGUCGCUGUAUGGUGGGAUGUCAGUCAGCAGUUCUCUGUCGCUCCCUCUCUCUUCUCAUCUCCAUGGCAGCAGGAUCACCUGUCAGGCCUUCAGUGCUGCACUUUCAGAGCGGGUCAACACCUUCUACACACUCAACGUCCUCUUCCCUCCUGAGUUUGCAGAAGACCAGCCGAGCCUGGUGGAGGUGAUUGAGGACGACGUCGCUGCACUUCCUGUUAAGGUCUCAGCCAAUCCAGACGAUAUCGCCUGUGAGUGGAUAUUCCAGGGCGAGAAGGUGCUUAGAGAUCGGGAUCAUCGUUACCACUUUCCUGAAGCCUGGAGUCUGGAAAUUUGGAACGUGACCAGGCGUGAUGCGGGUGUGUACACAGUAGAGUGUUCCAAUGCAGAAGGAAAAAACAGAACCAACAUCAAACUGGAUGUCCAGUAUCCCCCUAGCGUGAAGAUGAAGACGGAUCCUGUGCACGUGAACAUCGGAGACACUGCAGAUCUGUUCUGCAUCGCUGACGCCAAUCCUGUGACUGAUGGCAUGUUUUCCUGGAAGUGGAUGGGUGAAGGUGAGUUCGAGGAGUUGGGAGAGACCAGUCAGGACGAAUCGACUGGACUUUUGACCAUCUAUGAGGUGACCCGAGCUCAAGCAGGUCCUUACCAGUGCACUGCAAACAACGGCAUAGCGCCCCCUGCCAGUGUGGUGGGUCAGCUUGUUGUACGCUUUGCUCCCGAGCUGCAGAAGGGGGCGCAGUGGAGAAAAGUGGCGAGUCGAGGAGAUGGUACUACUGAUGCUGAUGUGAUUUGUCAGGCUGAAGGAGUACCACGUGUCCAAUUCAGCUGGGCAAAGAAUGGCAUACCGCUGAACUUUGGCAACCCACGGUAUCUGGAGAGGACUGUGAAAGAGGGGGCGAUACACACCAGCACUCUGACUGUAGUAAAUGUGAGUGCAGCUCUGGACUAUGCUGUGUUUACCUGCACCGCCCGAAACAGCCUUGGAGAGGACACACUCGACAUCCAGCUGCUCAGCACCAAUUACCCAGACCCCCCCUCAGACCUGAAGCUUCUUAGCAUCUCCUCAAACUCCGUCACUCUGGAGUGGAUGCCCGGCUUCGAUGGAGGGCUCACUCAAAAUUUCAGAGUCAGGUACCGGUGGGCGGGGUCUGCCAGUUACCUGUACGUUGAUGUUUUUCCGCCGAGAUCCACCGUGUACGCAGUGAGCGGCCUGAAGCCUUCCACCACCUACAACUUCUCAGUUAAUGCCAUUAACUCGAUGGGAGAGAGCAGCUAUGCUGAUAACGGUGCAGUACUCACCGUCACCACUAUGGAUUCUGAUCCUGCGCCAGACGAGCCCCAUCCCAAAGUCCCGGAGCGUGAAGAAGUCCCAGCUAUACCAGUGUAUGUCAUCCCCAUCCUUGUGGGAAUCUUCCUGCUGGUCAACGCCUUAGGCUUCUUUCUAUUGGUCAGGUGGAAAAAGGGACGAGGUCUGAAAGGGGGAGCAGGCAGCUUUUCAGAGGGCAAGAGGAGCGAUGAAGGGUCAUCGGUGAGCAGCAGAGAGCCGAUCAAUGCCUCGGCACAACGAACCCUUCUCAUCAACACAAGUUCAGAGCCGGACAGCAGCAGCAGCGUCUACGAGAGCUACGGAGGGAGCUAUCACUAUUACUACCCCACUGAGGCCUACAGUCCUGCUCUUUAUACCCAUCUGGAGACACCAGAGAAGCUCGAUAGCAGACACAUUACGAACCCGAUCAGUCAUGAUUAUGAGGAAGUCAGAGACUUUGGGCCAUACCAGGAUCUGUUUGGGUCGAAUCUCCCACCUGCAACAGCUCUGAAUUUUGGAGCUGAUGGAUCAGGCCAGGUUCCAGCAUCCACUUAUGAGCAGGGUAGAUGGUUUGUUGGAGCUGUUUUGGACCCAGCAAGUGGAGUUAACAAUUCUAUCACUUACAGACGCAGAAAGAACUCAGUCUUGCCAUUUGAACUGAGGGGUGAGCUGGUUUAAGAGCUCACAAAAUGCUAGAAAACUCUGUAAUAGGUCUGUACUUGUGGUUACAUCACUCAAAGCAUUCAUCAUUACUAUAUUUUUUUUCCCUUAUUUAUCUUCAUUAGAUUUAAGUUUAGGUUAUAGAUACAAAAGUAUCAUUUUAGUUAGAAUUUUAUAUAUCUGCUUUCAGUGUCUGGUUUUGUUUAUUUACUAUAAUUUGUAUUUGUAUUUACCUUUUGCAAUAUAUCCCAAAAAUAUGCUAAUAUAAAUAGUGACUAUUUAUUAUUACAUUAUUGGCCAAAAAAAAUAACUACUGAAAUUGAAUAUUGAAAUGCAAACUGUAUACAUUGUUGUUUUUGGAGGUAUGGCAUUGUCUGGAAACUAGGUACAUGCAGAAAUUGUCAAAAGGCACCUCUAUUUUAUUAUACACCUAUACUCUACUGAAAAACAAGAUUUAAAAAAAAAAACCUCAAUGGUUUUCACAUUUUGUUAGUAACACAACAGUGUAUAUUUGUGCAAGGUCAUACUCUAAGGUCUGUAGUCAAACUGUUGUCUGGGAAAGCUGAGAGGAGAGCCUGAUACAAGAACCAUGUCAAAGGUGAAGACUUCAGGGCCAAACUGUGUGAUUCCUGGAAAUAAACAAUGCAGUCAUUACUAUACCCUUAUCUUAUUCCCUUAUCUUUUCACAUGACCUGUUGGAAGGUAUCCUUCAUACCAAACUUGUUAUGCAAUAUUGGAAGGAAAUUACAUUCUUUGGAAAGGUACUUGGAAAAAAAAAAAAUGUAUCUCAACUUACAGCAUCUGAGGCUGUGUAUGAAUACUUAGAAAGUGACAGUAGCUCAAUAGCAUAAGAAAUUAAUAGGCAAUGAAAGGUGAACUGAAAAAAAAGCCUAUUACAAAUAGUAUUAAAAGCACUAAAGCACUAAAAACACUGCUAGUUCUGGUCUGUAAUUGUUAUAUAUUCAUUUUGCCAAAUGAAUACAUGUCAUUAAAAAAAAAGUUCUUUGUAAAAAUAGUCUACUCAUUAACUGUAGUUAUAAUACCAUCCCUAAAAAGCCUGUAUCACAGAAUGUGACGUUUUAUUUUGUAACUUUUGUGGAUAUAAUGAGGUAUGAUGAUCAGUAUUGAUUAAUGAUAAUAGUUUUUCUAGUCUGUGAACAAUUUGUUGUCAUUUUAUAUGUAAUCAGAUACAAGAUUACAUACAUAUAAUAGUCUGAAAUAAAAAAAAGUCAUUCUAAACUUUCAUCUCUUUAUUUGAAAGAAGAACCUGAGAACAAAACUCAA